GCAUGACCCUUACCAAUAUCCAAAAGGCAUCCGCACCCACCUCCUCCUCCACCAGUCCACCCUACAAAAAUGGCCACACUUCUCUCUCAUCUUCCUUCAACAUCACCGCCUUCCCCGCUUCUCAUCAUUUUCCGGCGACAUGUCAGCUUUCUCUGUAAAAUUCCUCGCACCCAAUUCAUUUCUCAGUCCGAUAACCAAUAUCAGUGCCACCAGGCUCUAUGCAAACCCAUCUCAAACCGCCGUGCCAGCUCCUCCUCAGGCGCCGGAGGAGAUCACGGCUGAAAGACUGGAACCCAGAGUCGAAAAGAAAGGCGGGUAUUUUGUUCUGAAAGAGAAGUUCCGGCAAGGUAUUAAUCCACAAGAAAAGGUGAAAAUUGCUGCUGAACCGAUGAAACUGUUCAUGGAAAAUGGGAUUGAAGAUCUUGCAAAAAUCCCAUUCGAAGAAAUCGAUAAAUCUAAAGACACUAAAGACGAUGUUGAUGUCAGACUCAAAUGGCUCGGUCUGUUUCACAGAAGGAAGCAUCAAUAUGGCCGGUUUAUGAUGAGAUUGAAGCUUCCAAACGGCGUAACAACAAGUGCCCAAACCCGAUACUUGGCUAGUGUCAUAAAACAGUAUGGUGAACAAGGCUGUGCUGACGUCACCACACGUCAAAACUGGCAAAUUCGAGGUGUUACACUGUCUGAUGUGCCAUCAAUCCUAAAGGGUCUCGAUGAAGUCGGCUUAACAAGUCUUCAAAGUGGUAUGGACAACGUAAGAAACCCAGUUGGCAAUCCACUCGCAGGGAUCGAUCCUUAUGAGAUUGUGGACACAAGACCUUACACGAAUCUUUUAUCACAAUUCAUCACUGCCAAUUCGCGAGGGAAUCCCGAAUUUACCAACUUGCCACGAAAGUGGAAUGUGUGUGUGAUUGGUUCACAUGAUCUUUAUGAGCACCCUCAUAUCAAUGAUCUUGCCUACAUGCCAGCCACAAAGAAUGGUCGAUUUGGGUUCAAUUUGUUGGUGGGUGGAUUUUUUAGCCCGAAAAGAUGUGCGGAAGCCAUCCCUCUCGAUGCGUGGGUCCCGGCUGAAGAUGUUGUCCCGGUUUGUGGCGCGAUUCUUGAGGCGUAUCGGGAUCUUGGUACAAGAGGGAAUAGACAAAAGACUAGAAUGAUGUGGUUGAUUGAUGAACUUGGUGUGGAAGGGUUUAGAUCUGAAGUGGUGAAGAGAAUGCCGGAACAAGCGUUGGAGAGGGCAUCUUCGGAAGAUCUUGUUGACCCAAAAUGGGAAAGAAGGGAUAUGUUUGGUGUAAAUCCACAGAAACAAGAAGGCCUCAGUUUUGUAGGCCUUCAUAUUCCCGUGGGUCGCAUCCAGGCUGAUGACAUGGACGAGCUUGCACGGUUAGCCGAUCAGUAUGGUUCAGGUGAGCUCCGGCUAACCGUGGAACAGAAUAUUAUAAUCCCAAAUAUCGAGAACUCAAAAGUCAAAGCUUUGCUUGAUGAGCCUCUUUUGAAAGAAAAGUUUUUACCCGAACCACCUAUUUUGAUGAAAGGGUUAGUGGCUUGUACGGGUAACCAGUUUUGUGGGCAGGCAAUAAUCGAGACAAAAGUUCGCGCUUUAAAGGUUACAGAAGAAGUCGGGAGACUUGUUUCUGUGACCCGUCCAGUGCGGAUGCAUUGGACGGGCUGCCCGAACACAUGCGGGCAGGUUCAAGUGGCGGAUAUAGGGUUCAUGGGAUGCAUGACUAGGGAUGGAAACGGAAAGGUUGUUGAAGGGGCCGAUGUUUACUUGGGGGGUAGAAUUGGAAGUGAUUCACAUUUGGGGGAGAUUUAUAAGAAGGGUGUCCCUUGUAAGGACUUGGUGCCUGUAGUUGUGGAUAUUUUGGUUGAAAAAUUUGGUGCUGUUUCAAGAGAAAGAGAAGAGGGAGAAGAAUGAAAAGAAUAUUGGUGCAAAGGUAACAAGUGUACAUCCAUAUGAAAUGAAGGGGCUAAAAGUGAAAGUUGUAAUGUUGCCUAGAGGUACAGUGAGUUUAAUGUAGUCCAAAAUUCCACAUAUCUUUUACUUUUGCUAAUUCAGUAAUUGUGUAAUACUAAUAAUUAUGAAAAAUUUGGGAAUUCAUA